CUCGCGAGACCUCCGCGAUCGAUUGGUUCUGGCAUCUAGGAAGAAGAAGGGGAGGUCGGGAGAAGUCAGGCGCGGGCGAGUCCUCGUCGCUGCGGGGCUGAGGCGGGCUUCUUCCUGCAGGGCGACCGCAAGCCUCCUUGCACUGAGGGGGGGGAGGCUUUUGCAGGAAGGGGGUCCCUAAAAGCAGUUCUCAAGGAAAGAGAGAGGCGCCCUGCCCUGCCCUGUGUUUCCUUCUCCUGCAGCAGCACGAGGCGUCCGGGCCAGCUGAGGCGACGGUUGGGCGCGCGCGACAGACAGACAGACAGAGACCCCUCCCCGUGUCCCCCUCCCGUCUGAAGGGGGCGGAGCCAAGGUCCCGCGCGAGGGUCUCCCUCCCUCCAGGCCGUGCUGGGCGGGGCUGGCUCGGGGUCGCGAUGACCCAAGAGCGGCCCAAGUUCUACCGGCAGGAGCUGAACAAGACCAUCUGGGAGGUCCCCGAGCGGUACCAGAACCUCUCGCCUGUGGGCUCCGGGGCCUACGGCUCGGUCUGCUCCGCCUUUGAUACUAAAACUGGCUUGCGUGUGGCUGUGAAGAAAUUGUCCAGGCCAUUUCAGUCCAUCAUACAUGCCAAAAGAACUUACCGUGAACUACGUUUGCUUAAGCAUAUGAAGCAUGAAAAUGUUAUUGGUCUUCUAGAUGUUUUUACACCUGCAAAAUCGCUAGAGGAAUUCAAUGAUGUAUAUCUUGUAACCCAUCUCAUGGGGGCAGAUCUGAACAACAUUGUAAAAUGUCAGAAACUCACAGAUGACCACGUACAGUUUCUUAUCUAUCAAAUUCUUCGUGGUUUGAAGUAUAUUCAUUCUGCUGAUAUAAUACACAGAGAUUUAAAACCUAGCAACCUAGCUGUAAAUGAGGACUGUGAGCUAAAGAUUUUGGAUUUUGGAUUGGCACGGCACACAGAUGAUGAGAUGACAGGAUACGUAGCAACCAGGUGGUACAGGGCUCCUGAGAUCAUGCUGAACUGGAUGCAUUACAAUCAGACAGUUGAUAUUUGGUCAGUUGGAUGCAUUAUGGCUGAACUAUUGACUGGAAGGACACUGUUCCCUGGUACAGACCAUAUUGAUCAGUUGAAGCUUAUUUUGAGACUCGUUGGAACCCCAGGGCCUGAGCUUUUGAAGAAAAUCUCUUCAGAGUCUGCAAGAAACUACAUACAGUCAUUGUCUUAUAUGCCGAAGAUGAAUUUUGAAAAUGUAUUUAUUGGUGCCAAUCCACUGGCUGUGGACUUGUUGGAGAAGAUGCUUGUGCUGGACACAGACAAACGAAUUACUGCUGCUGAAGCUUUGGCCCAUACUUAUUUUGCUCAGUAUCAUGACCCAGACGAUGAACCAGUGGCAGAUCCCUACGAUCAGUCUUUUGAAAGCAGAGAACUGGAUAUAGAGGAAUGGAAAAGCCUGACCUAUGAUGAAGUAGUUAGCUUUGUGCCACCACCGCUUGACCAAGAGGAAAUGGAGUCCUGAGCAUCCGUUUGUCUUUGUUCCAUAUCACUGUGAGGAGAAGGCCUUUUCCAUAAGGAUUCUCCACAUAUCAUACAAGUGCCUCUUGCCGUGAAGAUUCUCCUUGGUGGAGGGGGAGGGGGGUUGUGUGUUUAUGUGUAUGUUGAAUGGAGGAAUUGAAGAGGAUGAGAAGAAAGAUUUGGAGAAAAGUAUUUAUGCAGUAACUGUAUAAAUAAUUUGCAUGUUCUCUUGUAUUUUUGUAUACAGUUUGGGACAUGCUUCUGAAAACCUGUUUGAUUGCUUUUUAGCCUUUACUGUUGGCAACCAGCUUUCACUGCUCCGGGUCAAGGCAGACAUUAUGCAGGGAAGCUGAGAUUUCAAAUUCUCAGUAGUAAUUUCUUGCCAUUAAAUGGCUCUUCUACCCAGAUGAGACUUGGAUAAUGCAAGCUGAACUAUUACUUGAACUGUGCCCUCUGCUUUUUAGAAUGAGAGAAGAGAGGGUAAGGGAUGUCUUUCCAUUCCAUGCCAUGCCAGCUGCUUUACACCCAAAGCCUCUUCCCAGUAUUUGUACAGCAGGAAGGAUGAUGCUAUGAAGGGCUGUCUCUUGAGAGCUUCUUGUCUGAAACAGUGUAAAAAAAGAAGUUUGUGCCUUAAAUUACUAAGGGAAAAUAGAGUCUGUGUUAGUACUCUGUAUAGUGGACCUCUGAGCUUGCUGCUUUCCAGGGUCUGAGUCACAGGAUGCCCAUGUAUUACUAACUGGUGGCUAUGGCCAAAAUGCAUCUCUUUCAGUGAUAGGAUGUAUUCCCAUAUUAGUUGGAUUUUGUCAUUUGCCUUUCUGUGCUGCCCAACCCUGAGAUCUUUCAGCAGCAGGUUCCAUCACGCUGCCUGUUAAUGUUUUGUAUCUUCUUAAUGUGGCGUGUGGGUUUGUGUAUGUUGUAAUGUGUGUGCAUCGUAGGGCUUGCUUGUAUUUCCUUGGAGGAGGCCCUGGGGAAGUAAAUCUGCUAAUUAAUUGCUGCAUUCAAUAUCAUAGUGUCAUGGGGAAUCACAACAUCCAUAUGUUUUUAUUACACUUAAUGUUGACAUUGUGGGCACUUUUGAGGAAAGGCGCUGAUGAACAUGCACCUUUCUGUGAGCUUCCUUUGGGGGCUUUAAAAUGAAUUGUUUUAUCGGCUUGCAUUAACCCAGCACAAGAUUCACACCAUUGUAUUCCUAGAUGAUAGAAAUCAAGUAACCUUGACAUUUCCCUGCUUAUGAACUUUGUGGGCUUCGGGGGCACCAGUUCAAGUAUUUUGUGUUCAUCAGGUAUUUUAGGUAUCCAAGAUCCUAUUUUUAAAAUAUUUUCUGAAAUUUAUAUAAAUGCAGGUAUCAUGCAUGGAUUGUAUGCCUGUCUCUGAAAGAGUGUAAAGCUUUGCAGUAUUUUUGUUGUUCAAAUGGAUGUGGGAUUUUUGUGUAUUUAUCCCUUUUGUACAGAGAAGCCGUGAAAGUAAAAAGGCAUGUGAAUAAUAAAGCCAUCAGAUCCUUCCUUUCUAGUGAUCUCCCUUCAGGUCCGUCCCGCUGUAUAGAAACUUUGACUUGGGGUCCAGAGAGCAGCAUUCCUUCAUGCUUUUUGUUUGGAGGCCUUCUUAAGACCAAACAAAAUCAGCUCCUUCUACUGGAUGUACAGUCCUAAGUAUUCAGAUGGAAAUGUAGAUAUACUCUGUAUAACAUACACAAAGAUUAUUUUUCUCUAUCAUUAUAUGUGUAAUCUGCCAUGUGACUUUCAUGCAGACGUACAACAGAAAGAAUGUUAGGUAUAUUUAUGAGUGGAAUUAUCUCAAAGUUGAGACUGUAUGGGAGGCCCUGUGGAGUGCAAUUCUCGUCGCUAGUGUGAUGCUGUUCAACUGCCUGAACUCUGGACAGAAAGUACACACUGUAAAGAAAUGUUCUACAUUUUUUAUGUAUCUAGGAACUUUGCUCUAACUGGUUAUGCCAUAUAGGAAAUCCCACAAUGCCACUGGUUUUGAAAUAAACCUAUUUUUCAGACUUCA